CAAGAUGGAGUAUUGUUGAUAUCUAGAUAACGUUCAUUGAAAUAAAGUAAUAGUAGAUCUAGAGUAAUCUAGACUAUAUCAUCUAUAUUCAUUAUCAUCUUCUUUUUUUUUUUUUUGAUGACUAGUUAAGUUCUCAAGAUAUUACCUUGAAAUGGUUCGUGUUUUUAAGUGUCACAGUUUUGCAUCUCAAGGUGUGAUUCCAGUCAGUAAAGAGCCAUUAGCUCUGUAUGCUGAGAAUGACUUUGUUUUUAUUGCCACUAGAGACUGUGAAAUUAUUGUUUUUCAAAUCAAGGAUGGGACAUUUCAGGAGAUACAGAGAUGUCCAACUAUUUCAGAGGUUGACACGCUAUUGUACAACAGUUUCAAGAAGUAUAUAGUGACCACAGAACUGAAAAAGUCAUGGAAGCGUGAGACAAAGUCUGUGUACGUCUACCUGAACUGGAAUCGUUACAAUAAAGAAAAAGGAAAGCCAAGAACAAAGGUUAACUUGGCAGGAAGGUCACACAUUCAACAUUCAGCAACACCUGCGUACUCUGACAUAAUGGAGAUCAUUGAGCUCCCUCUGGAUGGCAAUGCGACUUGCAUGGCUGUUUGCAAGUACACAGGUAAUUUUGCUGUUGCUUGCCGCACUCAAGUGAAACUGUGUAGCAUCAUUGAGAAAACUGUUGCGAACUCUGAUAAAACAUACCUAGAUGUUGAGGUCUUUCUUGAGUUGUGUUGGAAUUUCCCAAUCAAGUCACUCAGUGUCUGUGAAGAAUUUAUUGUCUGCUGUUCUCACAAAGAGGUUCAAGGAAUCCGAGUCAGGUAUGAGAAUGGUAGAAAGGCUAAUUCUAGAUCUCAGAACAAACUUAUUUCACCAAGGCAGUCAUCCGCUGAUGAUCUAAAAACCAACUGGGACAAUUUAGACUUUGGAACACCACAGUUUUAUGUUGGUGAAACGUUUUCACUUCAAGGUCAACUGGGGGACAGAAUGACUUCCCUUAGACUUAGUUCUGAUGAUGAAGACUUGGGCAGAAACUUUCAGCCUAGCAGCAAGGAUUUCUCUACAAUUGGUAUGAAACCAAGUGUACACCAGAGUCCUAGAACAGUUAUGUUGACAGAAAGUGAAACAUCGAAGAUCAUGUGUGUGGAUGACACUGAUUUUGUAGCUUGGACUUUCAGUCAGAAUGAAGAGGAGGCUGUCAGUAAUACUGUAUGCUUACCUGGACUUCAUUCUGCCAUUACGCAGUCACUAUGCCCUCACCAGGCUCACACUAUCAGCCCGCCUAUACUUUCUGACUUUUCAGGUGGUAAUGUAAAAUCUAGCUCUGGACUAAAAGCUGAAACAAUAUUACAUAUAUGUGACAGCAGAGAAAAGGAAGAUUGGAUUAAUGUCACUCUAGUCCCUAUGUACAGAAAUGAGUCAUCUGCCCCAGUUGGGGAGACAAGUACAGACAGAAUGAGAUCAUCCCUAAGAAUGAAUAGAACAUGUGUAUGUUGCUACAUCAGUGGUACCAGGGGAGGUUACUUGUAUCGUAUACAUCCAACAUUGAUGCAGGUUUCUUCCUACAAAUACACAGAUCAAGCUUUACAAGUUAGUGUCUGUCAGAGUCAUCUCCAUGUUGCCACAGUUACAGGGAUUGAGACCUACACAUCACGUUGGGGAGUUGUGGCUCAUGAAGUUUGUGAGAAAAAGGAGCACAGUGAUGGCCCAAGUCAGCAAAUUUAUCCCCCUUCAAGUCUAGACAUCUGUUUGUGUGGCCAUGAACCGUUUGUAGGUGCUGCGAACUUGUCUGUGGGCAGAAACUUUCUAGCUCUUCUUUCUAAAGUUUAUGAUUCUACAGGGAAGGAAGAAUCCCACUGGAGUGUAUAUGUUCUUCACAUGCAUAGUUUGGUUGACCAGUACAGAGAAAUGAUUUGUUUUGCUGAAGGGAUAGAAAGAACUGGUCCAGCCUCCUACAUUCAUUUAUUGCAAGAAGCUCACCUGUUGUUAAGUACUAACUGGGAGGCUCAGUAUGAAUCAGGUUAUAGUGAGGUCAAACAUUGUUUACGUCAAGUCAAUAGGUUGCUAGGAGAUUACUAUGCACAACCAGACCAAGAAGAUUGGUUUUUGUGUUGUCCCUAUUAUAAAAAUAGUGGCGCAUCACUUCAGGAUCUCGUUAUGGAUGCAGUGGCACGUACCUCUCAAACUGGACAAAAUAAAUUUGGCCAAGGUUUUUUAGAUUACCUGGACAGUAUUAUAUUUGCUUCAGAUGACUUUGUUAAUGUAUCUGUCCAGACUGGCAAUGCAAUAUUACAUAUCUAUUUCACAUCAGCGCCUGAGAAGUUUUCUAAAGUUUUACUUCUGUCCAACUUGAAGUCUUAUACAACAGAAACGGCCUACAAAUAUUUAAAAACCUGUCUUGUGAACAAGUGCAAUAGCUUACAGCUUGAUAGUGCACUAGACAAAGUGGCUGCACUAGACAAGCUGGCCAUGGUUCAGCUCCAGCUUGAACUGUGUGAUGUUGAGAGUGCUUGUUCCCAGCUCAGGUCUAUCCACAAGCCUAGUCUGAUUGAGAUCUGCUCCUCCCACUUGUCUCUGAUGUGUGAGGAUAUGUCCACAUUCUCUCCCUUGGCUCAGCUGAUGAGGCAGCAUAUGGCUAGCACACUGCUGGAGAUACUGGUAGAAAUGUUGGACAAAUGUGCCAUCUCUCUUGAUUCCCUUCUCAGUCUUGUAAAUAGCCAUUCGGAACAAUCCUACAACAGUCAAACUCGGGAGGUUUUAGAGUUGAUACUAACAGAUUCCAAAAGAGUUUUUUUAUUUGAAGAGGCUGUGUUCCUAUUGUGCAAGAUUUACAUGUCAAAGUUAUUGGAGACUGCUAAACCCUCAACAUCUAGACAGAUAACCAUUUCUGGUCAGCAAAAAUUCUCACUGCCACAAGGUGAUGGCUACUUUGCCCCCAGAUUUGCUUGGUUGGAUUAUCUGCCCCCAUUUCAUAAUCCUGAAAGAAUGAGUCGACCAUGUGCAAAGCUGGAGAUUAAACAGAUGUUAGGUCAAGGUUCCAGAACAGCAGCUGUACCUAUCACCUUUGUGACCAAACAAGCGACCAAUGAAAGGUGUCAUUGCUGUUGUUGCAAUGAUACACUUUUAAAACUUCAGUCUUUACUGUGUUCACCUAGGCUAUCAACAGAUCUAGCCACAUUUGUUCUUGCUAAACUAGAGGAUCCAAGAACUAAUGAUCCAGCCAUUGACCUAGAAUGUUUAGAAAGUAUUGAUUUGUUGUGUUUAGCAAAGUUAGACUUGGAAAAAGCCACAGAACACAUUGUUGACAAAUACCCAUUUAUUGCUGCCUCGUUUGCUUCUUGCUGUUUUAAAGGAAGUUUGGACAGGUAUACCUAUCUGCUGAGAUAUAUGGAGUCCAGGUUGAAACAGUUUGUUGUGCUAUCUGGUGGAACACGAGAAGAAAUGCUUAUGAAAUCUUACAAAGAUUUGUUGUCCACAUUGACAGAGACGUUCUCACCUAGUCAGUUCCUUGAUCUACUUCCAGCUGAUGGGAAUAUUUUUUUUCUUCUCCCAUUCAUCUGCUCAUCUUUGAAACGGGAACAUGUCAAUAAAUUGAGACGAAAAAUUAUUGACAUGGGAACUAGUUUAUUGUCGCAAACGUCUUGAAAUAACCUGGCAUCGAGUUUAUUAUCAACGAUUUGAAUUCUUUUUAGGAACAAUUUAUGGAAGUGAAUUUUAAAAUGUAAUUCACAAACAUUUUUUUUUUCUGAUCCAAUGUGCAAUAGAACUCUUUUGUUCACUGAGUUAGCAUUUUGUUAAAGACUAAAUGAAAACAGUUUUAAUCAACUUUGAUUUACACCAUGUCACCCAACACUAAAAUAUAUAAAAGUCUACAGUCAUUGGUUCUAUUAGUCUGAGUAUUAGCAAACCCAGCUUUAGUUUUAUAUCUUUUCAAGUUGAAUGUGUAUUACUUUUUGUUCUUUGAACCUGUACCAAGUACUCUCAUUACUGUGUACACCAAUGGUGUGGUAGUCUACAAUGUACACUCAUGGUGUGGUAGUCUAUAAUGUACACUCAUGGUGUGGUAGUCUAUAAUGUGCACUCAUGGUGUGGUAGUCUACAAUGUACACUCAUGGUGUGGUAGUCUACAAUGUGCACUCAUGGUGUGGUAGUCUAUAAUGUGCACUCAUGGUGUGGUAGUCUAUAAUGUACACUCAUGGUGUGGUAGUCUACAAUGUACACUCAUGGUGUGGUAGUCUAUAAUGUGCACUCAUGGUGUGGUAGUCUAUAAUGUACACUCAUGGUGUGGUAGUCUAUAAUGUACACUCAUGGUGUGGUAGUCUAUAAUGUACACUCAUGGUGUGGUAGUCUAUAAUGUACACUCAUGGUGUGGUAGUCUAUAAUGUGCACUCAUGGUGUGGUAGUCUAUAAUGUACACUCAUGGUGUGGUAGUCUAUAAUGUACACUCAUGGUGUGGUAGUCUACCAAGUACUUCCAUUACUGUGUCAUAGUCUACUCUCAAAAUAUUCUAUUUGUUCUACUGGAAGCGUGGUCGAGAGGCUAAGUGCGCUUGAACUUGGCUUGGCUUGGCUACCUAUGAAGGGGGCUCGAGGUUCGACACCCGACUCGGGCAGAGUUGUGUUUACUGAGCGCCUAAAGGCAGCACGGAAAAACCUUCUCCUAGAUACCCCCACUGGUCCACAACUGAGAUUGGACCAAAGCGCUCUGAGCAUGCUCUAAGCAUGAAAGUAGCGCUAUAUAAAAGCCAUAAUUUAUUUUAUUUGUUCUACUGCUGUUUGUUCCAUUUACUUCUACUUUGUGUUGUGUCGAAUGUCAUUUUGUAUGUAUACCAUAUGCUGUUGACCAAUUGAAUUGUGCCAUGUUAAAAGUGUUAUUACCUCCAUUCAUGUUGUGCCUUACAGACAAAUAUUAACAAUAUUAUCUGCUGUACUUGUGUUCUAUUAUUUAACUGGACGUGACAUAUCAUUUAGAUAAAUGUUUGUAUAUGUCACUGGCAAAGUGCAAUAUCAGCCAUUUCUCUUCCUAUCACUAUAAUAUCAUCAACAUAAUUAAAACAGCCUUCCAGUCCUUCUAGGGCUAGAUAAUAACUUCUUUGAAAAAUUUCUUAACUCACUUAAAGACCAAAUGGUACGCCCUUCCAUUUGUAUAUACCAAAGGAGUUAUAAUUGCUGUCAAAUUAGAUGAUUCUGUAACCAACUUUACAAGCUUACAAAAAGCUUCUUGCACAUCAAAUUUGCUGAAAAUUUUGGCUUCAUUCAGAUCUGCCAGUAUGUCAUCCAAAGUUAUCAAGCUAUAGAAUUUUUUUGAUAAAACCUUGUUUAAUGCUUGUGGAUCUAUGCAAAUUCUAAUUUUUCCAUUACUUUUUUCCACUAUUGCUGACUCACCCACUCUGUAGGCUCUAUCACUGGUUCUAAUAUUCCUCUCAUCAUCAUCAUCAUCAUCAAACUCCAUUAGAGUGAGGGCUUGAGAGGCUCAAAUCCUCUCUUGCAAAAGCCCUGGACAGAAACCCUGCUGUCUUGCGUAGUGUAUAAAUGUCGCCAUACAGGUCGAGAAUUUUGGGUUUCCCAGACCUGUCGAGACGGAGAUCAGCAAGUCUGGGGCCUGUCCUGCACUGUGCUUAAUAACUUGCUCAGGCCUGGACAGCCUCCACCACGGGGAAGUGCGGUCAGGGCGCCUCAUGCGCUCCCAGACUCCACAGGCUUUUUGGGACUUGUCCCAGUACUCAAACCACUUUUCCAUUUCUGUUUUUUGUAUUGUAGCCAGGGCUUGAUGAAAGCUUACAGCCUGAUCAGUGGGUGGAAUUUGCCCUCCCUGGUGGGCCAAAGAGUCUGCAAUUGUGUUGCCAGUCACACCUAUGUGACUCGGUACCCACUGCAUUAUUACAGGGGUGCCAUAGCGUUGUUUAAUGUUAUGUGAAGCCAUGAUGACAGUGUUGAUAUUGGGGGGCCAUGGUCCGGGGCUUUGCAAAGCCUGUAGUACAGAUUUUGAGUCAGUGACCACAACAAUCUGUGUUGCCCUCAAAUGUCCCUCGCCGAGAGUCAAUGACUUUAAAGGCUUCACAGACUGCCAUGGUCUCCGCAUCAAAACUGCAAACACUACCACAUGGUCCAAAGAUUUUGACUGUGUAAGAGCCAAGAAAGUCAAUGUAGGCUCCAUAGCCUGCUCUUCCAGAAUCUAUUGAUGCCGACCCAUCAGUGUAUGCAAAAAUAGCACUGGGCUUGAAGGUAUUAAUGGUCUCCAGAGCUAGGAAUUGAAGGUCGUUAGAUGAACGGCUUUGCUUAGUGGCAUUAGGGUCUACUAAUUUCAAGCGUAUGUCUGGGGUCGUUGGGCGACACCAAGGGGGAAGGGGAUGAAAGCGUUAAUAUUCCUCUCAGUAUGUUCUAUCACUAAUUCUAAUAUUCCUGUCUGUACUAAAGUCGUUAGCUCCUCUUUCCAAAUAUUUCUUGUAAAGCAAUAGGGAUCUUUCUACACGGCAGAACCUUGGGCUUAACGCUGCAAUCAAUUUUUAAGGACACUUCUAAAUCUUCCAAAGCACUUGAAUAGGAUGGACUAAAGUCAUCAUCUUGGUUUUUCACUACCAACGCAAUGAAUCUAUCUUUAUUGAUGUUGGUUAAUUUCAUUCUUAUUUAAGUUUCAUACCCAGAAGGCAUGCUAUUUAUUGUUCGGUACCACUAUAUAUUCUAUCUUAAAUGUUUCAUUUCUUCUCUCAUUUCUCGUCAUGAGAGAAGCUUUCCCUAUGGGGUUCAGUCUUAUUCCACAUUGCCUUUUCUGAUUCUUAUUGACGAAUUUGAUAUUUAAGGUAUUUACAUCAGCUACACUAUCCAUUUGAAACCACUUUUAUGUUUUCACUGUACCUACAUUUAACUUUCCAAAUGUUUGUUCUUCAAGGUGUUAUUACUUUCUCAUUGACUGGUGUGUCGGCCUGGAUCUGUCUCAACUGUUUGUUGGCUGUCUCAUAGGCUCUGCACCUUUCCAAUGUUAGAUUACUAUCUGUAAUAAUUUCACUUUGAGGCAUUCAUGUCUAACUCAGAGAACUACUCUGUCUCUAAUUAAGUUAUCUUCCAAGCAUUCAAACCUGAAAAUUACUCUGUCUCUAAUAAGCUAUUUUCCAGGCGGAAUUACUCUGUCUCUAAUAAGCUAUUUUCCAGGCAUUCAAACCUGAGAGUUACUCUGUCUCUAAUAAGCUAUCUUCGAGGCAAAAUUACUCUGUCUGUAAUUAAGCUAUCUUCCAGGCAUUCAAAUUUGCACGUUUUUGCUUGUCUUCUCAGAUUUGUUAUAUUUUUUAAUUUCCUCGCCUUCUUGCUGUUCACGAGUAUUGAAAACAUAGCGCUCAUAAGUUUCAUUUAUUUUUCCAAUGCAUAAAAACUUCAAAUUUGUUCAAUGUUUCUUCCAUCUUUCUUUCUUUUCCUUUCUCCAUUUCAAGACCUUCAUAUAUAUCCAUCGCUUUUGUCCCUAUAAUUGUUUGAAAGGUGGCCACUCUGACCUCCUCUGAUUCUUCCGACAAUUUUAUGGCCAACUCUUAGUUUUGCCAGGUCAGGUGAAACUUAUGUAAAUUUUUAGCCGCCAUCUUAAGGCGAAGCCUAGUAGUAUUAUUGCCAACAAUAAAUCUGUAUCUACUGAUUAAUGAUUACCUCUGCUCAUUAAUACACCGCUGUCACCAUGUUAAUUAAGAUCUAGGUUUACAGUCAGUAAUAAGCAAACAACUACCAUUAGUAUCAUGACAGAAAACAAUACUUUACAAGUGCACCUUUGCACUUUGCACUUUAUUAUCUCAAACAAGUGCACCUUUGCACUUUAUUAUCUCAAGCAAGUGCACCUUUGCGCACCAUAUCAACAGCAACUUCUUAGAAUGCCUGGGCAUUCUGUGUUGUUUGCCUCCUUCAGCCUAGAGCAACUAUGGCUCAUCUCAAACACUUUUUCAUGUGGCUGUGUAGCCCUUAUUUUGGAGAGACACUCCUGUCCACAAAUAUCGCAGGUUAAGGUGGCUUUCCCUUUGGUGGUAGAGGAGCUGGCCAUGGUACGCUUUUCUUCCAGAGCUGUGGGCCAUGUUUUUUCGCUGUCCAUAGCUUUCUUGGUCACUGUCUCUCUCCAUCUAGUGCGGUCUAGAGCUAUGUCUUCCCAAUGGUUAGUAUCGAUGUCCACUGAUUUGAGGUCCCGUUUUAUUGCAUCCAUGUAACAGAGGUGGGGACGACCAGUUGUUCAUGAGACAGAAUGCUUGAAAACGUCAGGCAAAGUAAAAAUUGAAUUGAUAUUCUAUUUGACUAGACUUUCUAUAGAAUGACUAGAGCUGCUUCAGGCAAUGUGUAAAAUGUUGAUUUAAAAUUGUUCAUUAAUAUUAUAAAUUUCUUGGAAUAAUAUUUCCAUUUGCCAGUAAUCUAAAUAAUUUAGUCUUGUUCCUUAAUGUGUGGAGUUAAAUUACAACUAAAUGUGCAUGCUUUGUAUAACUUUAUUGUACGUGGUAAAAAGUUGAUACCGGUACAAAAUAUGUUUAGGGUUCUACAGAAUGCCUAAGCAAGGUAGGAAAUGGAGAAUCAUUUUGUACUUUGCCCAAACGCCUGCAUUAUGCGCUGCAUUGUGGACGUUGAUGGUAACAUAUACAUCGAAUUCAGAGAACAGGUUUUGUCUUAGCUUUGCACAUUAUAUGUCCUUCUGACACUCUUUGGUUGAUGUGUCUCACUGUUUGCAAUUUCAUUUUUCUGUUUCAACCACUUUCUACCAAUUGGAUUGUGUUUACAUUUGGUUAUCAAAUUAAAUUGUGAUGUUCAUGUUUAUGAGACCAGUAUUGUUUUGACUGCUCAUUGCUUGUAAUAAAAUUUAAGACAUUUUUA